ACACAGUAAUACUGAAACACACUCUGUUGGACGCAUUCACACAUUAUGCAGUAGUGUUUUUCCUGAGACUGAUUGUGCUGACAAGUCACAAGUACUCAUUAACAAGUUUACAGAAUGGCCACCAAUAAGACUUUGUUCCUUCAUUCUCACUCGGACAUCUCAACCCACAAUGAGAAAACUACAGUGGACAUUGAUGCUAUUAUGGAUAAUAUUACCAUUAUCUUCUACACCAUUACUGUUCUCCUGGGCAUCACUGGGAACACUUUUGUCAUCUGGGUUGCUGGCUUCCGGAUGAAGCCCAAUGUAACCAAUGUAUGGUUGGUCAACCUUGCUGUAGCCGACCUGAUCUUCUGCUUUACCCGCGUCAUUUCACUACUCAAAAAAAUCUUCUUUGACUACUGGCCUUUUGGAGUGUUUCUCUGCAAGUUCAAUGGCUUCUUUAAGUAUGCCAACAUGUUCUGCAGUGUCUUUCUUCUGGCUGUCAUCAGUGUGGAUCGAAUGCUCUGUGUUUGGCGUCCAGUGUUCACCAGGGAAAGACGGACAUUAUGUGCUGCCCGUGUGGUCAGUUUAGGGGUUUGGAUUGUGGCGGUCAUCUUCAGUUCACCAUACUUUGUAUACCGGCAGGUUUACUCUAAGAACAACUUGAGCAAGUGCUCCUUGGAGGUGAAAGAAUCAUCAGAGACUGACAUUGUAGCAAGGAACGCCUUAUACAGCAUCCGUUUCUUAUGUGGAUUCCUGUUGCCCUUCCUGGUCGUUCUCAUCUGCUACAUACUAGCUGGUAUCGGUAUACGUAGAACUCGGUUCCCUGGCAAAUCACGGCCUCUCCGAAUUCUUGCCGGACUUGUCUGUGCCUUUUUCUUAUGCUGGGCCCCCUACCAUUGCCUACUGCUUGCCAAAAUGGUGGACAAGAAGAGCCAAGCAGUCAAACUAGGCCUUCCUAUUGCUAAGGGUUUAGCCUAUUUCAACAGCUGCGUGAACCCAUUGCUGUACUUCUGCAUGGGACUGAAUGUUAGGCAACGCUUCAAACAAAGUCUGUCAGGAAUUUAUCGCCGAGCACUAAUGGAAGAUGGCUACACUGUGGAGUCCCAGGAAGGCACUGGGGAAGAAAGCUGUAAUUCCAUUCCAAAGAUCGCAAGCAAAGUUUGAGAUAAAAUUGAUGACAUGACUAAUGUUUAAGACCAGAAACAAACUUUAAUAAAAAAAUUUGAAUGCAAUGUGCAAGAUUGCAGUCCCCCUUGUACCAGUGUCAGAACUUCACAUUUUUAUUAUUGGGCAACAUUUUUUCCAAAUUUAAUUGAUUUUCAGGAGCAUUGCUUACCUUUUUAUGAGGAUUUUUUUUUUUUUUACCUAUGAAAGGCCUAUUUUGCUCAUUUAAUGCCAAUUACUUAAAGGGAUAGUUCACCCAAAAAUGAAAAUUCUCUCAUCAUAUAUAUCCACUCUCUUGACAUCCCAGAAGUGUAUACCUUUCUUUCUUUCUUUCUUUCUUCAGCAGAACACAAAUGAAGAUUUUUAGAAUAUCUCAGCUCUAUAGGUCCAUACAAUGCAAGUGAAUGGUGACCAAAACUCUGAAGUUCCAAAAAGUACAUAAAGGCAGCAUAAAAGUAGUACAUACAGUGUUCUAAUCAAUGUCUUCUGAAACGAUCCUCGGUUUUGGUGAGAACAAACCAAUAUAUAUCUCACCUUUUCACUGUACAUCUUGCCAUUGCAUCACCAAGGAGACUGCAGAUGUCAAGACGUACAGUGAAAAAGGAUUUACAUUUGUUCUGUUCUUACAUGGAUUAAACCACUGAAGUCUUCUGGAUUACUUUUAUGCUGCCUUUAUGUGCUUUCAAAGUUUUUUCACCAUUAACUUGCUUUAAAUGGACCUACAGAGCUGAGAUAUUUUUCAAAUCUUAAUUUAUGUUCUGCAGAAAAUGCUGAAUGUCAUACACAUCUGGGAUUGCAUGAGGGUGAGUAAAUGAUGAGAGAAUUUUUUAUUUUUGGGUGAAUUAUCCUGUAAACUGUAAGCGAUUUCUUUUUAUUUAUUUAAAAAAAAAAAUGUUAUGCAAUAGUAUGCAGAAAAUGUUCCUUCUCCCUUUAAGAUAUCACUAAAAGAAGUGCAAUGAGUCCUGAAAUAAGAGUUUUAAAAUAUCUGGUCUCAACGUUAUCUUUGGUGGGUGGUGUUUUGGAAAAAGGGGACAUGUCUAAUUCAAUUGCUUAGUCUCGUGGAAAUUUCAGAACAGCCUUUAAAUUGAAUUAAUUAAUAGAAAUAAAAUCAGUGCAAGUAUUACUCUUCUUUAUAAUCAAAUCAACAUGAAAUAAAAAAGGAGUUGUAAAUAAUACACAAGUCAGACCUAGGACUAGAAUGCAGUAUUGCUAAAUAUAUCAAACUUACAUGUUAAAAAUGUUAAAAACUAAAAGAAAGAAAUGGGAGAGAGUGCAAUUUCUUGUCCUAAAUCUUUUUAAAGAGCCCUUGUUAAUUUCUGAAAUUCUGGUGGCAACAAAUUCAGUUCUCGGGGGAGCUAUAGAGUUACUUUCAAAUGUCUAUGCCAUUAACCUGCAUGUGCUAUUAUUCUGGUAGCUUGCUAUAAACAUAUCUACUUCAAAUAAAUGACUCCGCUAGAUUCUCUUCAAACGGCUGCUCCGCAUUGAAAGAACAGAGAAAACUGAUUUUAGAAGCAAACAGCUGACAUGAAUGUCCCGAUAGCACAUGCACAUCACCCAGACGUCUAUUUGAUGUGUGUUUACAUCUGGAAGACUUCUAUUUUAUGUUGUUUGCUCAUCUGUAAUACAUCUAUAAAACAUAUGUCAAUAAGUAUGUCUCAGAUCUCAAUAAGACAUUCAGUAGAUGUCUUUGAGACCUUCAUGAAUAAGAAUGUUUUGUAAAUCUGAUCUUUUUAAGAUGUUUAGCAGAUGUUAAUUAGAUUGAGAUGAUAUCCAGAUUAAAAGAUCUAAAACACAAAGUUCUAUCUGGGUCUACUAUGCAGGGGUUAAUUUGAGACGUUGGUGAUGGUGGAACCUUAAAAUCAAGUGGUGGUGCAUUAGGCCAGAUAUGACGUGAUUCCAUACUGCUUCUAAUAUGCUGUCUUUACCAGCAUCUGCAACUGACUAGAGCAAAGCAUUAUGAAUUUGAAAGGUUUUUUGAGCAAAUACAAGGCCUAAAUGAGGAUGGAUUGUGUGAAAUGGAUCAAACCAAAACUGCAGCAGUGUACACAAGAAAUUGAAUGGAUUAACAAAAAACUAUCAAAUAAAAAAUCAAAGGUGCCAGGACGAUCAGCACAAUUUAACCCCUGGCAAUAUCGGCCAUUAUGACAAUGCUGAGAAUGCAACACGUUGCUUUGUAGAUUGCAGCAUGACACAUUUCUGAACAAAAUGAAGUACGAAAUCAAGCUCGAUUAGCUAUAAUUGUUUGCAUUCACAUAUAUGUUUUGGGCCUGAGCCCAGUUAGAACAAAUAAGUCUCCGCAAUUUCAUCAGGAAAUCAUCACAAUAUUAUAAACAUCUACUAAACAUCUUAAAAAGGUCUGAUUUACACCUCUGAGAGGAAAUGUCUUUAAGACCUAUUGCAGAUGAGCUAACAAACUAAAAAAUGCAUCUUCCAAAUGUAAACACACACAUCAAAUAGACGUCUGGGCGAUUCAAGGGUGCUACCAGGGAGAGAGCUCAAUGAAUGCAACUUGUUCUUGUUUGUUAGACAAGUCCAUCAGAUAACUCUGCACUAUUGUAAUACAUAUCUAACAAUACUGAGCGAAUAGUCAGCUGGCAAGUCUAGAUGUCAUAAAUCAUUUUUUAUAUAUGUUUAGCAAGUUGACUGCAUUAUAUCCUAUGCAUUUCAGUUUUAAUGUAUGAAUAAAAACUUUUUUUUUAUUUAUAUAAAUUAUGCUUAUCCUGAUCUCCUGCAUUCUUUGUAUUAAUAAAUCUUUUUC